AUGGAGUUCUAUUUGCCUUGUGAGCUACUGCUGGAAAUCUUCUCCUAUCUGGAUGCUUUCAGUUUGCUACAGGUUGCCCAAGUGAACAAGUACUGGAAUGCAAUUGCAAGCAGUGAUAUCCUGUGGAAGAAGUUGUGUUUGAAGAGAUUGCUCUUCUGUGACAGUGUCACCCUACAUCUUCUGGGUACAGAGACAUGGAAGCAAUUCUUUCUUUACCAAACAUGGCAAGAACACACCAAAUCCCGGGCAAAACCAGAAGAUUUCACUUACAAGGAAAUUCAUGUGGAGCCUGGAAUUCGGGGAUAUGCAUGUUAUGUCUCAGGGCAUGGCUUAAGAAGAAUCCGACAAGACAGAUCUGUUGUCUGUAUGGUGAGUUCCAAGGCCAAGAUUUCCACCUGGGAUAUUCAUGAGGGUGUUAUGACCUGGGAAAGCCCAGAACAGCCCACCUACAUCAAGAUGUUGACAACUCUCCCUGAGAUGCAUAUUGCGGUCACUGAAGAUAUAGACCAAACUAUCAAACUGUGGGAUUGUCACAACAGGGACGCUCUGGCGACUAACAAGCUGCUCUUUCCCUGUGAAUCACUGAAAGCUGUCUUUACAAAGGAUGGCCCAAUUGUCUUGGCAGGUGAUAUCACGGGUGACCUCUACAUCUUUCGGGUUCCAGACUUACACCUCAUUUCCAAAGUCCAUGUAUUCCAAUAUGGUAUUAACAAAAUCUACUGCUCUCCUCAGAAGAAAUGGGUCUUUCUGAGUAAGAAACACUCACUUAUCUUGCCAAAGGUGUAUUUACUGAGCAGCUUACUGAGGACAUCAGAAUUCUCCGCCCCUGUGUCUACCAGUCUCUCAUUCUCCUUAUGGAAAAGAGCCUUCUGGACCCCAAGAAGGGAAGACAGGAUAACCCUGAUGUCCAGAUGUGGCCCCCAAAAUGUCACAAAAUUUGCCACAUUUGAUAUGAAGCUGGAAGAGAUGGGGAACCAAAUAAUUGUUAAAGGGAGUUUUGCUGUGUUCUCAACAUGCCGAGUGGAGGAAGAUGGGGUGCCAUUUUUACCACCUCGGUGCAAAGGAGACUAUGGCCCUUAUUACCAAACAUUAUGUGACGAUGUGAGCAUAAUUCGAAUGAUGACAAAUGUUCCCAACCCCAGUUUUCUGAUGGCAUAUACUUUGAACAUCCGUUCUUGA